AUGGUCGGACAUUUUCAUUAUGUUAAACUUCGGGUUUCGGUGAUAUUUAUGGUUUUCCUAGUCUGCUGUCAUUGCAGGAUACUCUACAGGACGAAUGCCGCGGGUGAAUUUGAAUUGAAUACUAACCAACACGGUAGAAAUUAUAUACAAUAUGACACGAUGACCGCUACAACAUUAAGACCAGUCACACAUCCGUGUUUCGAAUGCCCUACGCAGACGGAAAAAAGACAAAACUUAUGUUCUGAUCAAGUUGUAACAUUUAAAUUUGCGUGUACCGAUAGCCACUGCUUUAAGACGAAUCCGUGUAUAACUCCUAAACCUGGCUGCGAGAAAAAUAAAUUCAAAACAAGCAAACCGUGUUGUAUUGCACACAUGACAGACACCUACAGUAAAAGCCAUCUCAGAAUGUUGAGGAAAAACAAGAAAAAUAAAAUCAAGAACAAAUUAGGCUUAGUUGUAUAA